AUGGAAGUCGUGGCCAGGGAUAUUCCACGGACCGUCACUUCACCCGAAGAUAUCCCGGUCAUUUCUAAAGUGACCAGCCUUAAUCAGCCUGAUGGAGGUCCCAUGACAGCACAGGCGAGUGCGGAGAACUCGUCUCUCUGCACCCUGGCGUGCGACCAGAGUCUACUAAGCGGGAACGUUGACCGGUGGAUGGGCGUCAACAGCACUAGAGAGACCAGCACAGGGGUGCAGGGCAGCAGGCCUGCGUUGGCGCAGCGAUCAACGUUGGUCACUGAUGGGCACGCCACGUGGUACAUGCUGGCUGUGACGCUGAUGCCGAUCCUGAGCUUGGCGCACCCUGACCAGUGGAGGUGCUCACCGAGUGCUAUACUGAACGCUAUGGAGGUAGUGUUGUCUCACAUGAACAUAACCUGCAACCGCGUCAUCAGGCAGCUAGCCGAAAAUCAGAUCUCCCGAGACAUACUCGCCGGUGUCAUGGACAUGAUCCUUAUUAUGUACUACAACUUAUCAAGGCAAUAUGGAACAGUUUGCGUCAAACGCAAAGUUGUCUUGGGGUCCCCCCAAAGCCCGGGGCCCAGGGCGGACCGCCCCUUGAGCCCCCUGCGCUAUCUCUAUCCGUGUCAUAAUAUUUACGAAGCCAGUGGGUGCAAGCUCGCAGUGGACAGUGCAGUUCGCGCUUGCAGUAUGUUCGCGCGCGCCGUGGCGGUCGCCGCGCUAUGCGCUUGUGCGAUCUCGACCGCGAGUGCUAUCCAGCCACAAGCGAGAAUAUACAUCGACGUAGCACCAAAGCGAACACCUCGACCGACCAGGAUCUUCGAGCUGGAUGACGUCGAGAAAAGAUACACGCCCGAGCUGGUGCAAGAGCUGGAAGCCACCAAGGACAAUGCUCUCCUUCUGUAUACGGAGUACUCCUCAGCUUCUGCCGGGGAGAUGAAGGCGUUUCUCAGAAACAUCAGCUCGCUGCUCCAGGAUACUAUAAGGACAAUGGAGACCAGGGUUCUGGAUCGUGCUAACCGCCGUUGCCGCGAUGAGUUCGACGCCAACAUGAGGAAGAUAGAGACAGACGCGCAGCGAGCGGCCGCGUUCAGCGGGGAGAACCACCACAAGUACUUCCUGGGGCACAUGAUCGUGUUCCGCAUGCACCUCAACAAGAGUCAAGAUUACGUUCAAAGGUGUCAAAAAAUCAAUAGAGGCUGCGGUACCCCGUGUGAAACGACACCAAGAAUGGUGCGCUGGCGACGGCUGGCCAUGCUUGAAAUAAACCGCGUCAAAGACGACAUCCAGCACUCCCGCCGCUCGUACAAGGACCUGCUGGUGCACGCGCGGCGGAAACUGCGCCAUCUGCGGAUAGAAGCGCAAUUACGAGCCAAGACCGCCAUCGCUGCUGUGGAGCAAUGCGUCAAGAACACCACGUGUUAGAAAACCGCCAUUUUGUACACUAGUGACAGAAUAAGACAGGAAAAAUAUUAGUUGACGACAAACGUGAAUAAAAAUAGACAAGUAUCAACAAGCGGUGGAGUUGUGCCAGUUCCAGAAUUUCCGAUUACGCUAUUGGUCGACAUUUGUUUAUUUCUUUUCACGAUGUAUGUCGUUGGUUGCAUGUUAGGCCUACUGGUAUAGGAUUGCAUGUUAGUCAAAGUCGACCAGCAGUUAUAGAGGACACGUCCAUACUAAGUAAUGCGAAAGAAAGCAUGUCUAUAUGUUUGUUACAUUUCAUGAUUUAACCAUGUACCAAUUUUGAUAAAAGUACAACAAGCACAAAAGUAUGAAACAGGUUGUUUACUAUGAUACCUACGCAUUAUGGGUAUUAUCAUAUUUUCAGUUGUGGGAAUCGAACCCAUGACCUUGAAAGUAGAAAUCAGGGUUAAUAACCACUGCGCCACUUGGUCCUCAAACAAUUUGUGGAUCGGCAGAACAAUUUAAUUUUUGCUUCAAGUCAGUGUUCAGUUUUAUCGGAUGCCAAACGGAUAGCAACAGGCAUGUGGGCUCAUUUUGUUUUUUUUUAUUAUUCUACGAAAUACAUAUUAAAAUUAUAUUUGUACUACACGAUAGAGCUUAGUUAAAAACCUUGUGCACGCCAUUCCCUCUAUGUCAUAUAUACAUACCACAUUCACCGUGCGCUGCGAUUUCGAUGAACCCCUUUCUUCUUAAAACAUAAUGAAGACAGAGGCGUAGCGAGGGAGGGGUCGGGACGCUAUUGACCCAAGCAGCAAAACAAAAGAAACUCACUACACGAGUAACUGCUAAAAUUAAAGGUCAAUAAUUUAAAUGAUGCAAAUUUUGUACUAAAAAUUUCAAUGUUGUUUCGUACUGUAAAUAUUUCUAAAAUAUAAAAUAAUAAGUGCCAUAUUAGAAAAGAAGCACGAUUAGAUUAGUUUAGCUUUAUUAUUGGUUUUACAGAACAAACCCAUGACGAGUAAAUAAUACGUAUAAGUAAACAGUGUUCAAAAGUUUAUGCAUUAUUACUAAGUUUACUUAUGCACUUUCCAAAAAUGUUAAAUAUGUCAAAGUAUGAAUUUUAUUUAAAAAAAAAUUACAUAAUAUUAUACAAAUGUAAUGAUGUCGUAGAAUUUUAUAUAAAGUUAUACUCAUACAUUUAGAGAAAAGUUUUUUCGAGGCUAAAUCUUUCAUAAUUAGUGAGAAAUGAUUUUUGAUCUACAGAGUAAAAUAUUUAAUAUGUUAUUUUUUUAAAUAUUGUUUUUGAUUAUUUUAUUAAUAUUUAAACAUACCUAACAUGUAUUUUUAGCGUUGUAGUAAAUUAUAAAAACUGUUGCCAUAUCCAAUAUCCAUAAACAUUGAUUUUACUCUGCCUAUUAUCUUAUUAUGAUUAGGUACUUUGAUUUUUAAUUUUAAUUAUUUUCGGUGUUUGGUCUAUUUUUGUGAAAAAUUAUAAUAUUUUUUUCUUAAUAAAUACUUCACGACAUUACUAUCAUUAUUAGAGAUAAAAGUUGCAAGCUGAAAUAAGAUUAUAAAUCUACCAAAAUUGGUAUUCGCUGGUUCCUAACGAUAUUAUAAAAUUAAGUAAUUUUAGAAGUAAAGUCUACUUGAUUUUAUUUUUUUUAUAAAUUUAUUACAUACUAUUUUUUAUUAUUAUUUACUUGAUAUUAGGGCCAAACCACAUUGUGACUUAAAGUAUUGUGAAGAGAUAAAAAUAAAAUUUUGUAAUGUAUCUCUCAGUGUGUUUUGUCCUUACAUAUAAAAAUAUUUUGUGUUCAUUUAGGAAAAAAAAUAGUAUUCGUACUUAGUAUCACUGUGAUAGUCGUAAUAAAUUAAAUUAUUUAAUUCAAUAAUCUUUAGAUUAAAAUUAAUUGGGAGUACAAUAAACAAUUAAAGUUUUUAAUGUAUCAGAUUAUUGUUGUUAUUAUUUUUAAGUUUAACCAAAUGUAUAUUUUAAAUAAACUUUAACAAAA